AUGACGAACUUCAUAACAGGAACAACGACGAACGCAACAGUACACGUUAUGACGUCAUCGUCGACGUCACCAACAGACUCCACACCUCUCGUCAUCGGUUACGUGGCUGCGUUGGUGUCGACCAGAUUUUUUGGUAGCAAUUUUUUGCCUGUUAAAAAAUUUCGAUCUGGAAAUGGAAUAUUCUUCCAGUGGGUGCUCUGCUCAGGGGUAUGGUCGACAGGUGUGAUGUGUUUUGCCAUCAGGGGCUUUCCCACAUACAGACCCCUCUCCAUGAUUGGUGGGUGGAUCUGGUGCACGGGCAGCAUCGGAAUGGGUAAGGGGUUGUUGGUUUGGGGUGCGGUCUGGCUUUUUACCGGUGGGCCACAUCCAGGACUGGAUUACAUCUUUCCACACUUCACUGGCAUCUUCAUGUCAAGCACUGCAUACCUUCUCGUCUAUUGUGCCCUAGCUAGGAACAAUCCCAUCAUCUAUCCCAACAUUAUCCUACCAGGAUUUGUAUCCGGAUUAAUGUGGGGUACAGCCUGUAUUGCGUUCUUCCACGCUAAUAGUUCUCUGUCCGAGUCCAUCACCUUUCCUAUAAUCACAACGGGCUGGAAGAACUACGCCGUUCUCACAAUCGCCAUUUCAAUUGGAGUGCAGGCUCCAUUCUUACUGGAUUAUCCAAAUGACUGA